AUGAGCUUGAAGCCUGAAACUGCCCAAACAUGGGAAUCCCAAUCCCACAUCCCAACCCUCCACCUCUUCUUCUUCAACUCCUCCACCACUCCCUCCACCCAAUGCCACAACCUCACCGUCCACCUCAGCCUCCCCGACUCUCUCCUCCUCCUCACUUGGACCCCCACCGCCGCCGCCAUUGUCUCUCUCAGAGUUCCCAUGCCUAGGGUUCUGCUCGACGACGAGUCCCCGAUCAGCUUCAAAGCCUUGGACGACCACAUUGAGGUCAAGCUCUCUCUCCUUCUACCUGUUGAUCACUCCAUUAAACUCAACUUCGAUUCCAUACUUAAUGUGAAGAGUUUAUCUUCUAGGGGAGAUGUUAACUUUUAUUGGAGAAGUUGCUCCUCUAAGUUGACUGCAAGUCCUCUUAGCACUUUUGUGGAAAUGCCUUCAGUAAACUGGCGGGGGGUGGCUGAUAACUGGUUUGGGAAUUGCUGUUGCUCGUUUGGGGAAGUUAGUGAGAAGCUGGUUGCUGGGUAUGCAAAAUCUUACACGAGUAAGAUGGGUGUGUGCCUGGUGAGCUCUACAAAUAUUACACUUUGCAAAGAUGAUCUUGUUGGAAGUGAAUUUCCCAGCUUGGGUGUUUGUGAAGGACAGGAUAAUAAACCAGAUGUCAAUGGUGAGUGUGGUUCAAAUGAAUCUGACCUUGUUCCUGGAAGUAAUGUCGGAUGUUCUGAAAAAUCACAAAUCUUUGUAAAUGUGUAUCUUGAAAAUGAUUUCAUGGUUAGCUCCUCCAAUCUUUCCGUAGAUGUUGAAUGGGUUGAAUUUUUCUGCCCUCAGUGUUCAUCUCCCCUUGGAGCUUACCCUUGUUAUAAUGGUGGUGUUAGAGUAUUUAAAUGCAAUAUUGCAACUAGUCUUCCAGUCAGAGGGACAAAAGAUGUUUUCAGUAAGUAUACCUUGGAAAGAAUGUUUGUAAACCAGCUACUCGAAUGUGCAAAAGAUCAAUUAUCAUUCAGGACCGUGGUUAGGGACCUGAAACUCAGAUCUCCAAUGCUGCAAAUUGUUCUCAUAAAUACAAAUUCUUGGUCUGGCACUGGUCAUUGUUUGGCCACCCAGGCCAAUACCUAACCAGUACAAAAGAUUGAUCUAAACCCUGUCAUCAAGGUGCUAUUUUCUGAGUGCAGCAAUUCAGUAUCAAAGGAUAUAGUUGAGGAGGUUUUCAUGCUGACACAUCAGAUAGAAGAAUUGAUCAAGUCUCUGUCAGCAAGACGGGAUAUACUUCCACCUUCAUACUCAUCCCUUGGGGGUUUAUCUUUGUCAUCCAUACCGAUGUAGGAGUAUUGUAGACCUCAAUUUGAUUUCCGACAUCGUUGGCCAAUAGUGACACAGCUGAAACUUGUUAGGUAGGGGGAGAAGGAAUCAUAUUAAAGAGG